CCAUCCAAACAGAGCAUCGCUCUCGAAUUUACCAAUCUACUCCCCGUCGAUCACCGCCGCCUCCCCCUCCCCUCUCCCCACCACCACAGUGCCGCCGCCUCCUCUCUCUCACUCUCUCUCCACUCACCGCAGCUAAAUCUUUGUUCUUAGCCAAUGGUUUCUCAUUUACUACUCAAAAAUAUUAAAGAAGACCUAGAUGGCCUCCCAGAAGAGUAUCACGAGAUAUAUGUAAUUGCAAGCUGUUUUUCCGAAAAGAGUAUUACCAGAUGUAUGUAAUUGCAAGCUCUCCUGGCUAAAGGUAGGUCUUCAAUUUCCCAAUUUCCGAGUUCUUGAUGGGUGAUGGCAAAUCGAGCCAUUAAAAAUGUACUUUUCAGUAACUCAUAUGGAUCUUCCAUCAACGAACUAGCGCAUUCUUCUGUUCCAUAUUUCUAUGUGAAAUUUUUACUCAGCCCCAUAUUUUUGGCAUCACAAUAUCGAUCAAUGACAACAAGCAAGAGAGUCCAAGACCGAAGCAAGAAGAAGAGAGUUCAUGAUCUUGAAAUUGCGACUGAGAAGUGGAAGAUUGCCUCGAAAGUGUUGUUCUUGAUGGAGAUUCUGAAGCAAGAACCUGAACAAAUCAUACCCAUCAGGUCACUCGACCAGUACAGGAGGCAAAUCAACUUACCAAAGCCCCACAAGAUGUCGGACUUCAUCAGAAAAUCACCGAAGCUAUUUGAACUAUACAAGGACCACAAAGGGGUCUUGUGGUGUGGGAUGACGAAAGAAGCUGAAGAUUUGGUCCAAGAAGAGGAGAGGAUCAUUGAAGAGUACUCAGAGAAGGCAGCAGAGCAUGUCACAAGAUUCUUGAUGAUGUCAGUUGCCAAGCGUUUGCCUUUGGAUAAGAUUGCCCAUUUUAGGAGAGAUUUUGGUUUACCUUUUGAUUUUAGGAAAAAUUGGGUUUAUAAGUAUCCAGAGCACUUUAGGGUGGUUAAGAAUGAAGAUGAUAUUGAAUUUUUGGAGCUUGUUUCUUGGAACCCGUCUUGGGCUAUUACUGAAUUGGAAAAGAAAGUGAUUGGGGUAUCUAAGGAUCACCAACCGGGUUUGCUUUCGCUUGCUUUUCCAAUGAAAUUCCCACCUGAUUACAAGAAGGUGUAUAGAUAUGGUGGGAAGAUUGACCACUUUCAGAAGCGAUCAUAUUUGUCUCCGUAUUCCGAUGCCCAUGGGUUGAAAGCUGGGUCGCAAGAAUUUGAUAAGAGAGCAAUUGCAGUGAUGCAUGAGUUGCUGAGCUUCACUAUUGAAAAAAAGCUGGUAACUGAUCAUUUGACCCACUUCAGAAGGGAACUUGUGAUGCCUCAGAAGCUGAUGAGGCUUCUACUGAAGCAUAUUGGUAUAUUCUAUGUUUCUGAGAGGGGGAAGAGAUUUAGUGUGUUUUUGACGGAAGCAUAUGAAGGUUCUGAGUUGAUUGAGAAAUGCCCGUUGAUCCUUUGGAGGGAAAAGGUCCAAAGCCUUAUUGGAUAUAGAGGAAGGAAGAAAAAAAUUGAAAUUUUUGAUGAUUUUGCAGAAAUGGUGGAUGAGAAUUUGUUCGAGAGUGAGUCUGAUGAAGACAAUGUGCACGUGCAACUGGAGGAAGACACCAUGAGCAGUUUGGAGGAUUCUUCACUUUCAGGUGAGUCUGAGAUGGAGAUUGGUGAGAUUUGCAGUGCAUACAAGGAUAUUGAAACAUCAUAAGUAUUUGCAGGGUGCAAAAGAUUGGAGCUUUAAUUAUAUGACGAUGGUCAACCACUGAAGAGAUGGUGUUGUAAUGGCGUUUCUCCAAGCAUUGGGUUUCAGGGAAAUGGGGAUUUUAGAAGAGAAGACCAUGGCAUGAGGGACAGAUAAAGGUGAAGGAUUUGAUGAAGGGCUUUAGGUAUUACACAUUCCAUUGCUUGCAAUUUGGUGAAGAAAGAAACUUUUGGGACCUUUAUAUUGUGCCCUCGCAUCCCUUUUUCUCCCAUAGUUUUUUGCUUGAGGGAUGAUUCUUUGCCAUGAAUUUGUUUCCUUGCUAGUCUUUCUACAUGGUCAUUUUGGUGUAUCAUUAUAUUAUAAAAGCAAUUCAAAGAAAAAUGUCUUCCACUCAAGAUUUUGCUCUUUUAUUGUGAAUCAUUGAUUUAUAAGGCCUCCUUAUAUCAUAAUCGGUUAAAUGAA